AUGCCGAAGAACAAGGGUAAGGGAGGUAAAAAUCGGCGUCGUGGAAAGAAUGAAAACGAAAACCAGAAGCGUCUCUUAAUAUACAGAGAGGAAGGCCAGCAAUACGCGAAGGUUGAACGUCUUCUCGGCAACGGUCGUCUCGAGGCCUACUGUUUUGAUGGAGUUAAAAGGCUUUGUCACAUUCGCGGUAAAAUGCGCAAGAAGGUGUGGAUUAAUGUAGGGGACAUCAUCUUGGUCAGUCUUCGGGAUUAUCAAGACCAAAAGGCCGAUGUCAUACUCAAAUACCUUAAUGAUGAAGCCCGAACACUUAAAUCAAUGGGUAAGGGUGAGAUACCAGACACUGUGCACUUGGACGAAAAUAAUGAUAUAGAAUUCCUCGCUGAUGCCGACCUUCCGGGUGAUGAUCUAGAUGAUAGUGAUUCCGAUUCUGACAUGCCACCUUCUUCAGAAGGGGAGGAUGGUGACGACGAUGGUGACAACGCGGCUGCAUUCGGCACACACCCUCACUACAAGGGUGAAUUUGCUGGAAACAGGAACCAAUGGAGUAAUAAAAUGGCUUACAAGAAGAAGUAG